CUUUGCGGUUCAGGAGGUUCAGGAUAAAACCACUUGUCGAACGUGUCUAGGUUAAGCCAUUAAAAAUAGUCGUAAUUACUGGUGAUUACUGUGGAUCCAGUGGAUUAAUUGUUUUUAAUUUCUAAUAUUUUUCUUUGAACACUGCAGAUAGGGAUAUGUGUUGUUUUCACUGAUGGUGAGGGAUAUAUGCCCUGGUGCUUAUGUUUUUUAAUACUGCACUUCGUCACUGUCCAUUUUGGCUCAAGAAACAGUUGAGUGGUGCCUAUUUUACAGGUACUGUCCGGAAUAUCUCCAGGAAGGGCUCUGGCAAGAUGGACUCCAAUUUAAAGACGCACACUGUGAAGACUAUUGUCGAAUUUCAAUCCAUGUCAGUGCAUAUUUUACCGGCACUUCAGGAUAAUUUCAUGUAUUUGAUCGUCGAUGACAAGACUAAAGAGGCAGCGGUGGUGGACCCGGUGACCCCAGGGCUCGUCGCAAGUACAGUUGAAGAGCACAAAGUUAAUCUCACAACAAUCCUGACGACUCAUCAUCACUGGGAUCACGCAGGGGGAAACACCAAUAUGUUGGAGAAGUUCAAGGACGUUCUGAUAUACGGGGGUGAUGAUAGAAUCGAUGGUAUUCACAAGAUCGUGGGGCAUGGGGACAGUCUCGAGAUUGGGAGCUUGAAGGUCAAGUGUUUGGCAACACCCUGUCAUACCACUGGACAUAUUUGUUACGUUGUCAAUGCCCAGGAUGACGAGCCACCCUCUGUCUUUACAGGUGAUACAUUGUUCGUGGGAGGCUGUGGAAGAUUUUUCGAGGGAACUCCAGAGCAAAUGUGCAAAGCUCUCCUGGAAGUCCUUGGUUCACUUCCUGAAAAAACGAAUAUAUUCUGCGGGCACGAAUACACCUGUGCUAACCUGCAGUUUGGAAUGGAAGUAGAGCCAUUGAAUCAAGACAUUAAGGAAAAAUUCGAAUGGGCAAAAAACCGGCGCAAGCUCAAAGCCCCAACAGUACCGAGCACAAUUGAGGAUGAGAAGAAGACUAAUCCCUUCAUGAGAGUUAACGAGCCUUCGGUCAAGGAGUACACUGCGAUGAUAGAUCCAAUCGCGACAAUGGGCUCCUUGAGAAAAGAGAAAGACAGUUUCAAACCGAAGGAGAAAAUUUGAUUGGUGCCACCUGAAUAUUCCCAGCAACUCCGGUAAAUUGCUGACUGAAAAGAUAUUCAAGAAUUAAAUCAGGAAUUAAAGAGAGAGUACUGAACUAGUUUUAUCAGCGUCGGCAAUAAUACCAAUGUUUUGUAUGCUUCUCACGAUUUUUUUUUCGAAUAAAAACACAAAUUGUAGCGAAA